AUGACAAUGUCUUUGGUGGAAAGACCCAUUCCUCCUUCGCCGCCUCAGUCUUCAGAUGGGAAUCCCCCUCAAGAGUUCUUUGAAGGCUCCGGAAUGUACCAUCCUGCCUAUAACACAGUCAAGAUGUCCGAAGAGAUCAACAGCCACCACCAUCUUCACGCUGUACAAUAUGCCUCUCCCCCACAAUACUACCAAUCCAACACUUUUACCCCAAACAUGACAACACACUCGAUGAUGAUGCCGGUUCCUCACACCACAACGCCUCCCCCAACAGGCGAUGAAGGCUCUCUUCCCAUGGGAUCUCCAUCUAUGAAAUCUGUGAACUCUGAUUUAGCGUGGUCUUCGCCUCGUGGCCGUUGCAACCCAAGGCUCAAGAGCAAGCAAGCACGGCGCAAGCAAAACCGGAAAGAACUGUCUGAAUGCGCGUUCAAGCUCGAGGGACCUAUUAGUGUACUGACCGAACGCUUCCAUGGAACCCCCAUCAGAGACAUGGAUGCUUGGGUGGGCCGCUCUGCGGUCAUCCGCCAGGAAGAGGUCCGAAGCCGAAACGGAAAGAUCUCUCGACCCAUGAACUCCUUCAUGCUCUAUCGAUCUGCUUAUGCCGAGCGCACCAAGAAGCUCGUCGGAGCCAACAACCACCAGAUCGUCUCGAAGAUCGCAGGCUUGGGUUGGAAAUUGGAGCCUGUCGAGAUCCGCAGGAAAUACGAAGAGCUGGCAAAGCUCGAGCGUGACAACCAUGCUGCCACACACCCAAAUUACAAGUUCUCCCCAAACAAAACUAUAAACCCUUCCAACCGACGAGAUAGCGGCUCUCCCUCCGAGGUGCCAGCACACCUCGGUGAGGAAGCUGGGUUUUCCGACUUGGACAGUGAAUUUGGUGGAUCGAUUGCCUCGGGUCCUAGACCACCAUACGGCAACCACUCUCGCUCCCACAGCUUCGAAGACCCCUAUUACGAUACCAGCAGAGACUCCUCGCCAUUUGGUGUAUACGAAUCUAUGGUCCCUGGCUAUAUGCACUCACCCUGGACCAAUACGAGCCACCCUGCUGGCCUGCCUUCCGGCAUGGGGUCACAAGUUGAAGACAUGCGCUUCCGCUCAACCAGCCCCACCCACCAUGAUAUUACAUACGACUCGUCCCUCGCGGGAAUCCCUGGCGUGGCUCACUACGAUCUCCUCCAGCAGCCAACCCAGCCGAGCAGCGACAUGGACCCUCGACUGCUUUCCCAAAGCAGUGAUGUCGUCGCCAUGGACGGCUCAUACCCCCACCCAUACUCUACUUGGAAUGACGGGGCGAUGCAUGGCCACUACCCAGCUGCGUCUGCACCCUCUAUGUCACCAAGCCCGGCUCCCUACGCGCACUCGGAUAUGGGUUCGACCUUCCUACCGAACAUGCACAUGGAGAGUCGCGACCCGAUUCUCGAUAUUUCUCGUCCUGCGGAGGGCAUGAGCGAGGUUCUCCCUGGAGAAUUCGCGACGUGGUACGUCGAGGAGGCCUCGGGUUCCUACUAA